ACGAACACACGGCGCCGGCUUCAUGAAAUUCUCCAGUGAUGAGAAAGAGAGACAGGAGCAAAUGGAUUUACUAAAAGAGCUGCGAAGGGAGACACAGCAAAAGGAGGCUGCAAAAGCUGCUGGUGCAGCUAAACAGCAAAAGAUGUUACAGUCGAGGCUUGAAAAAGUUCGCCAGAGGAAGAGACUCAAGAUGGGGUUGCCCAUUAAAGAUGAUACACUGAAGACGCCACCUGUCUCAGAUGACGAAGACAAUAAUUUGAUUGGCCCUCCACCACCACCACCACCACCAUUAGCAAUACCAGAAGAAAAAUCUGAAGACAAGAAACCUGUUAGAGAAUGGGAUGUAGGAAAGGAAGGGGUAUCAACAACUCUGACACAAGAAGAAUGGGUCAAUCGUCAAAGAAAUCAGAGAAAUAAUGAAUUUGCUCCACCGUCUUCCUAUAGCUCCAAUAAAAAAUUUAAAGGCAGACAGCAAAAGUCACAUGGAUUUCGCCCCUCAUUCAGUACAUCCCAUGACUAUUCCUCCAAAUCUCUUGAUUCACAACCAGAAAAUUGGUUAAACUAUGAUCAACCACAAGAUUCAAAUCCUGCAAACACUACCCAAGAUGACAACAAGACAGACUAUCACAGUGAAGAGAGAGAGAGUGAAUUUGCACCUCCAUCUACAUAUGAGUACUACGGACCUACAAGUCACAGGGGCAGACAUUAUAAUGCUAAACCCAACUUCUCAGCCGUGGAGGAGGCAGUUAGUAAGGGAAUUGCUUUCUUACGGAAAAUGAGCGAUAAAUAACAUUACAAAAGCAAACCAAACUAACCAUACUUCUGGAUGAUUCAUACUUGUAGAGUACAGGUGUCCCUGGCUUUGUACAGCAGGUGUGCUCCAGGCCCAUGAUAAUUGCUCUACUUCAUUCAUCAACACUUAAUUCAUCAUAAAAAGAAUCUUUAAUAAAAUUUUUACUCAACACUGUGUACUACAAAGAUAUAUAUUGCACAUAAGAAAUUACUGAUAGAAAUGGGGCCUCAUGUAAUACCAAAUUCACAUAAAAUAAAUUGAAGGAGGACAUAGAACUUUUACUAUGAAAUGGCCUUUAGUAUUAACUGUUUACUUUUAUAUUACUGUUAUAUAGUAAACUUGAAAUUACUCAAGAAAUCAUAAUGACACGAUUGCAGACAAACCAUACCCCCGGCCGGGAUU